UGUUUCCGUCGCUAACGCAGAACUCGCAUACACUCCUGACUUUAAUAUCCGAUUUUAAAACUUUAUUUGAAACUUUUAUGUUUAAUUCCUAUAAAAAAAUGUAAAGUCGCGCUUUGUCGACGAUGACAUGGCAGAAAAAGAGCUUGCUACGUUCAGGGAGCGUUGGAAACAAGAGUUAAGCUAUAAAAAGGAGGAGCAGCGCCUCGGUUGCGCUCCUUCCACCUCUGUCGAUGCUCCUCUCCAGUCGAGCCGCGGAGAUGCCUCAAAGAACAGACACCUCAUUUGUUCCGAGGAAGCAGCAGAAACGGAGGACCAGCCCGAAUAUGUGUCCAUCGCUCGCGGUUUGCUGGAUGGGAGAACCAGCCCGCUGCUGGACAGGAUCCAGGAGGAGAGAACCAGGAGAAAGAGGCUGUAUCACAACAUGACCGACGCUUGCAGCGCGUCUCUGCAGCAGCAGAAGCAGCCCAAAGGGAGGAGAGAAGAGGAGCUGGUGGAGCAACUCAUAGAGGAUUUGAAUGAAGUCAAUGACAUUCCCUUUUUUGACGUUGAGCUUCCAUACGAGUUAGCCUUGAAGAUUUUCCAAUAUCUCACCUGUGCUGAGCUUGGCAGGUGUGCGCAGGUGAGCAGGGCGUGGAGGGUCCUCGCAGAGGACGGGGUCCUGUGGUUCAGGAUGUGCACCAGGGAGGGCUACCACCCGCACGCCAGCGUCUCCGACUCCCCGUGCUGGAAGAGCACCCUGCGCGACUGCAGGAACUCUGCCAAAGCCGUGCGCUCCAACUGGAAGAAUCGAGUGGGAUCCAUCAGCCAGUUGCAGUUCGAGUUGGGAAAAGUGCUGUGUGACGUCAGCUCCUGUGACAACUACGUCCUAGCGGGCUACACUUCUGGUGAUGUGAGGUUGUGGGACACGCUGCACUGGGACGCCACCGCCUCGUUCCUGAAGGCCAACAGCCUGUCGGCGCUCACGAGCCCUCGGCCGCACGUCAGCCUCGUCCAGGUGAACGCCACGGUGGCCGCCGCUGCGUACCAGGAUGGCUGUGUAGACCUGUGGAGCACAGAGACGGGUGGAGAACCGCUCCACCACUACCAGCUCCCAGGGACGAUCCGGGCUCUGGCUGUGAGUCCGGACACCCCCGUCCUGGUUUCUGCUGCUGGUUCAGAUGUUCGGCUCGAUGGCGGCGAUGACUGUGGCUACUGGAGGCUGCUCUGCCAGGCUCAGCUGCCAUCACCGGCGCAGAGCCUGCUUGUAGUCCCAGGCCGGGCGGGUGAACGUCCGGUGGCGGCUUUAGCAGCUGGAGAGUCCGUGCACCUGUUGAAACCUGGAGAGGGGGAGGAGCUACAGCUCCUCCACUCCGUCUACGGUCAUCCUGUGACCUGCCUGGAUGCCUCCGACUCCCUCGUCGCUUUUGGGGUGAAGCGCACCGGCUGGAGCAUGCAUGAUGGAGGCAAUAAGAUCCACGUCUACAGCCUGGAGACCAGCAAACCAGCGGUUUGUGUCGGCGGCUCGCCGGGAGAUUUCACCUGCAUCAACCUGAGAGACGCCCCCCCCCAUCUGCUGGUGUGUGGAAACAAAGACAGGAGGGUGAGAGUGUUCGACCUCCGCGCCGGCUCCUCCGUGCUCUCCCUGUACGCCCACCACCUCGGCGUCACUUCAGUGCAGGCGGACGACUGGAAGGUUGUGAGCGGCGGCGGCGAGGGGCUGGUGUGUGUUUGGGAAAUGAGGAUGGGAGCGAAGCUGUGGGAGAUGCACAACAGACAUCCGGUCCGGCACGUGCGCUUCAGCAGCAGCACCCUCCUAACAGCCAACAUCCCCGACGACAAGUCGCCGCGCGGCGCCUGCAUCACGGACGACGACCUCACCGCCCACCGCAGGCAUCGAGGCGUCAUCUGUCAUUACGACUUCUCUGAAGACGCCCUCUCCCCGGAUCACGUCCUGCCCAUCUGCAGGUCGGAUUACGUCGACUCGUACGGCUACAACUACAACAUCAGCCUGGCGGUUCCGUACGACCGUCUGUCCGGAUCGCAUCCGGCGCUCUGACCUUCAAACGGACAGAAACAUCUUCACUUUGAUUCUCCAAGCUGCGUCUUUCAGCUCCUCUACAUCAUCUACCAUCGUUUAAAUGGUGAUUUUAGAAAGAUUGUAACUGAUAACUGUAACUAUAUGACUGUAACUAUAGUAACUGAUGCUUCUAAAAUGAUCACAGUAGAUGUUUCAGUCUUUAAAAAAAUACAUUAUGGAAAUGAUUUUAACAUAAAAGGAACUUUUUUAUCAGUUUGUUUCCAGAAUUUUCCACUUUUUCUUAACUAGUUUGUAGAUUUCUUUUUCGUUAUGGUAGUCCAAAAGAGCUGGUUUCCAUGUGGCGAUGUCUCUGAAGACCAAAAAUAAAAUAUUUACCAGUUCUGUGGCUGCAGAGGAAAAGAUCCAA